AUGGCACCCGGAGCUCUCCUCCCAUCAGUGCUGACAGAAACCGGCACCUCCAUCCCUCUCUACGAAUCCAACAGCUACAGCAAGCCCACCAUCUCCCCCAAAACCAUCGACUACCGCGGCUACGACCACAUCACCUGGUGGGUCGGCAAUGCCAAACAAGUCGCCCAAUACUACAUCACACGCUUCGGCUUCCGCCCGCUCGCCUACCGCGGUCUCGAAACCGGCUCCCGCACCCUCACCAGCCAUGUCGUCGAGAACGGCCGCGUGCGCUUCGUCUUCACCAGCCCGAUCCGUCCUUCUAGCCGCCAGACUGAAGGUAGAAGGGAUGUCGGGAUGAAGGAGCAGAAGGUGCUGGAUGAGAUGUAUGAGCAUCUCGAUCGGCAUGGGGAUGGGGUGAAGGAUGUGGCGUUUGAGGUUGAUGAUGUGAGGGGGUGUUUUGAGCAGGCUGUCAUGAACGGCGCGGAGGCAGUGUUGAAGCCGACGGUGGAGGGGGGUGAGGAGGGGGAGGUGGUGAGGGCGGGGGUGAGGACGUAUGGGGAUACGGAGCAUACUUUUGUGCAGAGGUCGGGGUAUAGGGGGGUUUUCUUGCCGGGGUAUAAGAUCUACUCCGCGGACGACCCAAUCAACGCCAUCCUCCCCAAAAUCCCACUCGAAGCCAUCGACCACUGCGUCGGCAAUCAAGACUGGGGCGCCAUGGACUCCGCCUGCGCCUUCUACGAAGACUGCCUCGGCUUCCACCGCUUCUGGAGCGUAGACGACAAAGACAUCUGCACCCACUUCUCGGCGCUGCGCAGCGUCGUCAUGGCGUCGCCCAACGAAGUCGUCAAGAUGCCGAUCAAUGAGCCCGCGGAGGGGAAGAAGAAGAGCCAGAUUGAGGAGUAUGUGGAUUGGUAUGGUGGGGCGGGGGUGCAGCAUAUCGCCCUCCGCACCCCCUCAAUCAUAACAACAGUCUCCGCCCUCCGCGCCCGCGGCGUCGACUUUAUCUCCGUACCCGACACUUACUACAGCACCAUGCGGUCCCGUCUCGCCGCCUCCGGACUCCAGCUCAAAGAACCCUUCGAAGAGAUCCAGCGCCUAAACAUCCUGAUCGAUUUCGACGAGGGAGGGUACUUGCUGCAGCUGUUCACGAAGCCGCUGAUGGAUCGGCCGACGGUGUUCGUUGAGAUUAUUCAGCGAGAAGGGUUUGAAGGGUUUGGGGCGGGGAAUUUUAGGAGUUUGUUUGAGGCUAUUGAAAGGGAGCAGGAUGCGAGGGGGAAUUUGUAG